ACCACCUCCGUGGCUCGUCGACUCCCGCGGAGCCCGCAGUCGAAAACCAACUGUUGCGAGCGGUGGUCGGCGUGGCGCGCGCUCUUCUUCUGCUUGGCUCUCUGGCAACGUGCAAACGUCGCGGCGGAUUUUUUUCUUCCGGGUGAUGUGACACCGCUCGAUCGGUUUGUGUGGUUUGUUUAUUUUUAUUUUUCGAAUUGGGUUUAUUAUCUUUGUAUCGAUUGAUUGUCAUUUGCGUUAUUUGUUGGUUGUGAUUUUUUAUGGAUUUUGUUGUUGGGUUGUUUGUUUCGUCGGUUUGUUCGAAUUGUUCCGAUCGUCUUUGAAGAAAGGUGGAGUCCUCAAGUCGGUGUCUCGCGAUACGGUAGAUCCCGCAAUUCGAUCGGAUGGUAUCGUUGGGCGAGGUCCUCGGGGGAAGCACGUAGGAUCCGCGGCCCUUUGCCGCCCCGCGUAAAUGACUAUGGCCGAGAGCACCACCACCCAUGACAAGGCCAACAAUAACCAUCCAUUGGUUUUCAAUCAAAACCACCGCGCCGUCGGUAGGAACAAGAAGAGGAAGAGGCUGAGUCAAGUAUUGGAUAAACUAACAGGUGGAGGUUCAUCACCGCAAGACAGCGAAUCGUCUCCGGAGAAUCCAUCUACAAACAACAACAUUUCGGAGGUGUACAACAACAACAAAGGCGACAUGGCGAUACACGUAUCAGUAAACGAGAAGAACUACCGGCCGGAGGUGUUCAAAUUCGAUAUACCCGACAAAGAAAAGUACAAAACAAUCAGCGAGGACGAGGACGUGUUCAGUCCGGCGAGUUCCAGCAACAAAUCGCCCCACAGCUCGACGGACUCGCCCCAGAUCCGCUUCAGCCCGUUGCGCAUCAAAGACGACGCGAGCCCCAGCCCGCCGUUGUACCAACGCCAAACCGCCUGUCCCUGCUACCAGUGCGUCACCGGCUCGGUGACGGGCCACCAUCCGCCGCCCCUUCACCCGUACGACCGCUUCUUCCCGGCGUCGCCGAUAUCGCCGUUGACGCCCUCCUCGCCGGCGCCCGCCUACAGCUUCGAACGUUACCUUCACUCCAAGUACCUGCCCGACAUCUUCCGCAAGCGCAGCCAUUCGGACUCCGAUCUGCCGAUGUGGUUCGAGGCGGCCAAGUCGGAGCGGGCGAGAGCGCCGCCGAUCUGGCCGCACCCGCUCGCCCUCUCCACCGGCGGCAAGGACUGGUCGCCGCAGGAGUACCCCUUGGACCUCUCCAUGAAGACGACGCGCGGCAGGGAGUACCUGGACAACGCGGCGCCGCCGCCGCCUCUGCAACUGCUCCCGCCCGGUUUCCUACCGCCCAGAGGGCCGGUCUCCGUACCUGUUAUCAAAGGCGACGUGGCGUCGCCGACGACGAAGGAAUCCGUCGCGUCCAGGUACAAUCUGGAGGUGUCUCCGGUGGUGGAGGAGAUGCCGCCCGGUUCGGACGUCGCCUACGUGUGUCCGGUGUGCGGACAAAUGUUCAGCCUGCACGACAGGCUGGCCAAGCACAUGGCGUCGAGGCACAAGAGCCGGCAGAGCAACGGCGACACCGCCGCCAAAGCGUACCUGUGCGAGGUGUGCAAGCGGUCGUUCGCGCGCAGCGACAUGCUCACCAGACACAUGAGACUGCACACGGGCGUCAAGCCGUACACGUGUCGCGUGUGCGGACAAGUGUUCUCCAGGUCGGACCAUUUGUCCACCCAUCAGCGCACCCACACCGGCGAGAAGCCGUACAAGUGUCCGCAGUGUCCGUACGCGGCGUGCAGGAGGGACAUGAUCACCAGGCACAUGAGGACGCACACCAGGUUCGAUCCGGAUCCGGUCGCCGCGCAAAUUAAGGCUGAGCACGUUAAGGCUGAAAAUCAUUGAGAUCUGCGCAACGGUUUUUUUUUUCUCUUUAUUAACGGGUCGCUAAAGCGAAUUCACUCUAACGCGAGAUCGGGAAAUUUAUUGGACUGGUCGCCAAGUGAAAGGUUAGUGGCAAUUGAUCGAUGUGGAAAUUGUGAAUUGGUCGUGAUAUUGGAAUAUUAAAUCGCUAAAUAUUGGAAGUAAAGAUUUGUUGGUCAACUGUUGGCCCUGAUUCAAUAGAAGAAAAUUUUAUUCAAAUUCCUCUGUAAUAGAGUCGGUGUUAAGAAAGUUUGGUAUUUUUUGAAUCAACAAAAUUAACCUAACAAUACAUGCGACAGAUCAAAUAUUUGUUCAAAGCGUUUAGAGUUUAGAGUGACGCUCUAGCGACGCGAUAUUUAUUAUUUUGUAAAAGCGUUGACUAAAAAUACUCGAUGGGGCCAAAUCUCCGCACUAAAAGGUGAGUUAUGUAAUUACUUAAAUUCGUAUUAAUCUAGUCCUGUUCGCGUACUGGAAUUCCCGACAGUAUUUUUGGUUUGCAAAGCCGUUGUUGCCUUUUGUUUUUUUUUUUUUUAAUUUUGUUAUAAGAAAGAUCUCAUACCAUUCCACUUACUCGUAGAAAUUGCCGGGCCAGUUUGAAAAUUCGCUAUAACAACUUUAUUAAAAAAUAAAUUCAGUGCCAAAUGCGUGGCCAGUGGCAAUAUGCUAAUGCCGGAUGAAUAAAAAAAUCACUCGUUUUUUGUACACGUUUUUUUUUUGUAGAUAUCCCUGUUAUCGUUCGAAAUGCUCGUAUCCGAAUUAAUUCGAUUAGAAAUUCCGAAUUAAUUAGACGGUGUUUUACUUAAAGGUCGCGUUUUAUCAAUUCGAAUUUUCGUUACUUUCUAAUAAAUUCCGUUAAUUAAUGAUGGAUCGCGCACGAUCUUAUCUGCAAUAGGACAUUUUCGAGUGCAAACCCACGCAGCAAUUAAAUUACCCGAAGUUCCGUAAAAAAAAUCGAUCUAAUUCCGUAAUACAGCUGCUCGAAUCGGUUUGUUUGUUAUUACUAAAUUAUACCAUUUCCGAUCGUUAAUUUUGUUUACUUUCGAAUUUCGUCAAAAUGCAAAAUAUCCUGCACAAUAAAUUAAUGUAGUUUCAUCAUAAUUUUGGCCGGUAAAAAACACACGUUAAUGAUGUUAAUUUUUCUUGCUGCUUGUCAGUAAAGCAUCGUUCUCGGGAGCAUUUCGAUCGAUAAGAGAAACAAUUAAGUGUGAUCCUCGAUGAGCUUAAAUUCUUAACAGAUAAACGAACUGUUUAUAAAUGAAUGUAUGUUCAAAUGACAUGAAGACAGCAGCACAUAAAGACAUUAAUUGAACAACAUGAUAAUUGUAAAUAUUUCGUCGAAGAUAUUAGAUAAAUAUUUUGAUUGAUUGUGAACGUCCGCCGGUAUGUUAAUGAAGCUUUGUUGUUUAGUUUCACCUAUAGCAGUUUCGUUAUUUUUUUAACUUUGUAAAAGGAAGAUUUUCUAGGAGUAGAUUGUUUACAGGAUCUGAACCGGUGGACUUCCUGAUUCAUUAUAUUAACGAUAUACGAAUACUGUGAUAUUUGUACAUUUCGUUGUUUCUUUAUUUUUGUGAGAGUAGUUUAUAAAUUUUACGUUUCUAUUUUUGAUAUUGAGGAAUAUUGAUAUUGAUGAUGAUAUAAUCGAAUGACAAAAAAUACAUAAUUGUCUUUAUCUGUUCUUCAUGCGAUUUUUCGUUAGACAUUGGGCAUUAAGAUAAUGUUUGUUUUAUGUGACACAUAAAUGUAUUAUUCGAGCACAAUUUGUCUAAUAUUUACGCUGUUUGAAAAAUGUUUUAUUACAAGAUUAUUCCUUUGGUUUUGACAAACGAAAAUUCUCGAUUAAAUGGCGGAUUAAUCUCGUUAAUAAAAGUAAAUAAAGAAAUAGAUGUUUAAAUGUGUGCCACAAAAAACGUUACCUGUUUCUGGAAAUGUAACAUUUUCGACAUUAAAAUUGUGCCACGAAUUUCUUGUAUAUGUUAAUGUUAAAUGUAUUUUUUUAAUUAUUUAAGAUCGGUUAUCUAGGUGUUCAAAAAAAAGAUUGUUAUCGAUGUAUUUUACUGAAGAUCGGUUGAAAACCUUUUUCGUUUUAAUAAUUUAUGUAUAUUUAUUCGAUUCGUUCAGUUUGUAAUGCAUGUACAAAAGACAUAGCUACUUAAUUAUUUAAUUUGUUAUAUUAUUCUAUUUAAUUCUCUUAAGUUUAAGAUUCUGCGA